UCACCAAAGGUCCUUUAUCCCACUAGGCUGUACUAUCUAUCUGUAAUUUACUGGUCAGGCAGAAAAAUAGAUCUUUUCCUAACUGAUCUACUCAAGAUGGAAAAGGGCAGAAAACAGAUGGCCGAAAGAAUAUUAAACUUCACCCUAGAGAUCAUCUACCUGCUGACUGGAGAGGAUUACAUGAUAGUGAAGAAGAUAAAAGAAGAGGGUGAAGAAUGGAGUAGGAACCAGGAUCCUAUCCUGGUGUCUCCACCUCAUUCACUGACACAUGAGAGAAACAGCUAUCAGAAGAUCCUGGACCUCACUAGCAAGAUCACUGAGCUGCUGACUGGAGAGGUUUCUAUAAGGUGUCAAGAUGUCACUGUGUAUUUCUCCAUGGAGGAGUGGGAGUAUGUAGAGGAACAUCUGGAUCAGUAUGAGGACAUUACAACAGAGACUCACCAGACUCUCAUAUCACCAGAUGAAUCCAGUCAGAAAGAAUCGCCAGAAAAAUAUCCCGGUCCUUUGUAUCCUGAGAAUUAUCAAAAGGAAAAUCAGGAUGUCUUGCAAGAUUAUCAGGUUACAAAUGCGAGCGAUAUGAAAGCUGAAGACAUAACCGAAGAAGAGGAGACAAAUGUGGGUGAAACCCAGCUGUGUAAGGAGGAGGACAUUCCUACAGAUAUUGGCACCGAUGACUACACCAGAAAUGCUGUUGGAAAUCUUCAAGAUUAUGAGGACAGUCAUGGACAGCAUUCCUCAACACAUCUUUCCACAAAUGUUUCCUUAAUCCUCCCCAGCAUCAAUCUAUUUAUUGAUCCCAAUCAUCACAGGGAACCUUCAUCUGAUCAAUCACAGAUUCUUAAAGAAAACACAGGAGAAACAGAUGGUAAAAUAUUUUCAUGUUCAGAAUGUGGGAGACAUUUUAAAAAGAAAUUUAUUCUUUCGAUGCAUGAAAGAAUUCACAGAGAUGAGAGGCCAUUUUCGUGUUCAGAAUGUGGGAAAAGUUUUAAAAGGAAAUCAAGUGUAAUUGAGCAUCAGAAAACUCACACGGAGGAAAGACCAUUUCCAUGUUCAGAAUGUGGGAAACAUUUUAAAACGAAAUCCAUUCUUUCUAUGCACAAAAGGAUUCACAGAGAUGAGAGGCCAUUUUUAUGUUCAGAAUGUGGGAAUAGUUUUCGCCAGAAGUCUGCUCUUUUCAAACAUCAAAGAAGACACCGAAAGGAGGAGCCAUUUUCAUGUUCAGAAUGUGAGAGAAGUUUUCAACAGAAAUCAGAUCUUGUUAUACAUCAAAGAUCUCACACAGGGGAGAAGCCAUAUUCAUGCUCUGAAUGUGGGAAAUGUUUCCGCCAGAGAGCAUACCUUGUUACUCAUCAGUGGACCCACAGAACUGAGAAGCCACAUUCAUGUUCCGAAUGUGGAAAAUGUUUUAUGCAGAAAUCUAUUCUUCUUCUGCAUCAGAGAAUUCACACAGGGGAGAAACCAUAUUCAUGUUCAGAAUGUGGGAAAGGUUUUAUGCAGAAAUCAGCCCUUGUUAUGCAUCAGAGAAUACACACGGGGGAAAAGCCAUUUUCAUGUUCAGAUUGUGGGAAAUGUUUUCGCUAUAAAUCAGAUCUUCUUGUACAUGAAAGAAGGCACAGAAAGGAGGAGCCAUUUUCAUGUCCACAAUGUAACAAGGGUUUUCAACAGAAAUCUGAUCUAACUGUACAUCAAAGAACUCACACAGGUGAGAAACCAUAUUCAUGUUCUGAAUGUGGUAAAUGCUUUGCCCAGAGAUUUUCCCUGUUAGCACAUCAGAGAACGCACACCGGAGAGAAACCAUUUUCGUGUUCUGAGUGUGGCAAAUGUUUUAUGAAGAAAUCAGUCCUUGUUAUACAUCAGAAAAUUCACACAGGGGAAAAGCCAUUUUCAUGUUUAGAAUGUGGGAAAUGUUUUCUCCAGAAAUCAUACCUUAUUAUACAUCAAAAAAGGCAUAGAAGGGAGCAGCCAUUUUCAUGUCCAGAAUGUGAUAGAGCUUUUCUACAGAAAUCGGCUCUUGUUCUACAUCAAAGAACUCACACAGGGGAGAAACCAUACUCAUGUUCUGAAUGUGGGAAAUGUUUUACCCAGAGAUCAUCCCUUGUUAGACAUAACCUAAUCCAUACAGGGGAGAAGCCAUUUUCUUGUUCAGAAUGUGGGAAAUGUUUUAGCCAUAGAUCAGCGGUUGCUCAGCAUAAGAAGCGAAGCCAUUUUCAGACUGUAACAAAUGUUUUACCUCAGAUGUAGUUCUAUAGAAAAAUCAGAGGAGAGUUUCAUGUGCAGGAGCACAUAACGUAAAUGCAUAGUAUGUCACAGUUAUUAUGUUUACCAUAGAGUGUUUUGCAGGUAAGCACAACUAAUUCAGCAUACACAUACAGGUUCAUUGACCACAGCCAAGGGCCUGACACUAAAGACAGUGACCCUUUGUUUGGUGGAAAACAGUAGGUUUGGUUAGCAGUGGAAAAUAUGAGGUCCUAUGUAGGUGCUCAGGAAUGAGGAUGAUAUCUUGAAGUAAAGUUUAUUUAAUCAGCCAUAAACAGACUAUCGUCAGAAUUUUGACAGAUUUUGUUUUAGUAAAUAUCCCAUAAUAAUUUUAGCAUAAUAUAUUGCUAUGGUAUCAAGUGUCACUAACAGGGGACACUAAAUAAAUACUAGGGAGUGCUGCUAGCUUGUUAAAAAUAUUGGUGUCUG